UAGAUAGUUCCUAUAAUGUUGAAAAAGCUAAGAAAGAAUUUGAAAAUAUUACAUCACCUAGCUUUUUUAAUUUAACUGAAUAUUUUAAAGAUAUUGUAAACAAGAAUCUUUCUUCAAAAAUUUAUUACAAAUAUAAUUCUAAUUGCGAUAUCACUAAUCAUUUAUCUUUAGAACAAUUCA